ACAUGAAGUUCUUCGUCGUUGCUGCCCUGGUGGCCGUGGCUGCCGCCGCCCCCUCCACCCCCUACAGCCCCCGGCCGGCCUACCACCCGGCCCCGGCCUACCACCAGCCGUCCUACAAGGAGCCCGCUCAGCCGUACCAGUUCGACUACGCCGUCAACGACCACUACUCGGGCGCCGUCUUCUCGCAGAACGAGAACAGCGACGCUAGCAACGUCAACGGCUACUACUCGGUCAACCUGCCCGACGGCCGUGUGCAGACGGUCAAGUACGUGGCUGACCAGCAGGGCUACGGAGGCUACAACGCCGAGGUGACCUACGAGGGCGAGGCCCGCUACGACGAGUACAAGCCCAGCUACAAGCCCAGCUACAAGCCCGCUUCGUACGCCGCUCCGUCCUACCAGCCCGCCUACAAGCCCGCUUACAAGCCCGCCUACAAGCCCGCCUACCAGCCCGCCUACAAGCCGGCCUACAACGUUACGGUCGCUGGCUGGUAUAAAGGCAGGCGGGUCCGCCGUUCACAGUAUCAGUCGCCAAAGACCGAAUCUGCAAACAUGAAGUUCUUCGUCGUUGCUGCCCUGGUGGCCGUGGCUGCCGCCGCCCCCUCCACCCCCUACAGCCCCCGGCCGGCCUACCACCCGGCCCCGGCCUACCACCAGCCGUCCUACAAGGAGCCCGCUCAGCCGUACCAGUUCGACUACGCCGUCAACGACCACUACUCGGGCGCCGUCUUCUCGCAGAACGAGAACAGCGACGCUAGCAACGUCAACGGCUACUACUCGGUCAACCUGCCCGACGGCCGUGUGCAGACGGUCAAGUACGUGGCUGACCAGCAGGGCUACGGAGGCUACAACGCCGAGGUGACCUACGAGGGCGAGGCCCGCUACGACGAGUACAAGCCCAGCUACAAGCCCAGCUACAAGCCCGCUUCGUACCCCGCUCCGUCCUACCAGCCCGCCUACAAGCCUGCCUACAAGCCCGCCUACAAGCCCGCCUACAAGCCCGCCUACCAGCCCGCCUACAAACCGGCCUACAACUAAAAGUUUUAAAGUAUCUUUUAUUUAUGUUAU